AUGCAUUUCUUUUCCCUCUUACCCGUCUCACUUCUCUACUUGGUCGCAACAGCCCAGGGAUUCGCUCGAUGCUCCCGCCCAAUCGUCCGGCGUGAAUGGCGGACGCUUUCCUCGGGCGAGCAGGAAGAGUACAUCGAGGCCGUGCAGUGCCUGAUGGAGAGGGCCCCUCGGUCCUCCCUCCCUGCCGCCGUCAGCCGAUACGACGAUUUCGUCGGGACGCACAUAGUACAGGCCGAUGAGACGCACUUUGUCGGCAUAUUUUAUCCAUUUCACCGCCUUCUCGUGUCGUCAUUUGAGCAGGCCCUGCGUCGCGAGUGCGGCUACGCCGGCGCGCAGCCCUACUGGGAUUGGACCCUGGACCUCGACGACCUGGAGGGCAGCCCCAUCUUCGACCCGGAAACCGGUUUCGGCGGCAACGGCGACUGGGUCGAUGGGACCUGGGACAAUCCAAACUGGGGAGUUCCUGUAGUCGCGCACCAGGAUUUCGACGACAGAACAGGAGGCGGCUGUAUCCCCAACGGGCCGUUCCAGGGGAUCGUGACCAGCAUGGGGCCCAACAGGAACGUUGACCGGCGGCGGGCUCGCUGUAUCAGGAGGGACUUUUCUCCUCAGACUUUCAGAAACAGGUGCAAUGUUGAAGAGAGCAUGGACCAAGACUUCUUUGGUGACUUCCAGAGGGCCACUGAAUCUAUGGCGCAUGCCAGUGGUCAUUACGGCAUUGGGGGUUUGUACGGUGCCAUGACGGACAAAUGGGCAAGCCCCGCCGACCCAAUAUUCUGGUUGCACCACAGCAAUGUCGACAGGCUGUGGUGGUCAUGGCAGAUGCGCGACAUUCGAAAUCGCAUCAACGACAUCUCUGGGCCUCUUGUGGCCCAUGAUUGGACGAAUUGGAACGGCGGGAACGUCUCUCUGCAAUAUCGGGUCAAGCUCUCAGCCAUUGGGGACGAGGCACCUGUCUCCGACCUGAUGGAUAUACAGGGAUCGUAUCUCUGCUAUGACUUUGACGAGCUUUACGAUUGA